AAUGCCCUCUGCUCCGGUUUCAGAGAAGGGAGGGAGGCAGCAGUUCAAUGUAAACCCUGUCAUUGAUGGAGGAACAUGAAGCAGCAGACUCACUCAUCGGUCCUCGCUGCAAUUUCCUCUAAUGUGCACUUUUUUUUUCUUUCCUCCGGCGCGCGCGGAUUUUAACUCCUCAGUCCUCGGCCUCUGUGAUGGGGAGCACGUGCGUUAACUAACAGGCUGGAUUCCAUUAACUGUUUUCUUUGCCGCCGGCAGGGUCACCGAGCUGCGCACUCACUGUGGAAAUCCUCCCGUCACAGGCUGGCAGAGGGGCAGCUAACGGACUCUUUAGUCCUUAAAAGUGCUUCAUUUUAUCCUGCGCCGGAUCACGUGAGCAGGUGGCCUCGAAGCUGCGCGCGACCUCUCGAGCCUCGAGGAAGUUUAAGGAGAGGUUGCUUACUUUCUUCUGGAGUUUUCCGAUGGACCGGUUAAUGAAGGGGUGAACAGACACCUGACAAAAAGCUGUGACAUGGCUGCCAGAGUUUUGAUUGGCUCGCACCAUGAUGCUUUGCGGCACCGGCGGGAUCAGCCCAACACCAGCACCAGCUGCAAGGCUGAGAGUUAACUUGUCACAGAUACUGCCUCAUCAAAUGACUCUGUCCUGAUGCACUGAGGACUCAGCGGCUGCAGGCCACAGCAUGGGCAACUCCUCCGGCAAGCAAGACGAAGAAGAGGAAGGAGAGGAGGGCGGGAAGGAUGGCGAGGACGCCGAAAUUACAGAGAAGAAGAAGAAGAGGAAGGAAGAGGAGGAGGAAGUGGAGGCGGAGCUUCCGGUGGGAGUGGAGGAGAUGUUUGAGAGUGGAGAUCCCGUGCUGGACUUGAGCUAUCGUAAGUUUAAGCGCCUACCUGCACGUGUUUGUGGACUGAUGCAUCUGGAGAAGCUGUAUGCUUGCGGAAACAGUCUGCGCACUCUGCCCGAGAACAUCUCAAAGCUGAAGGGUCUGCGGAUCCUUGCCCUGGACUUUAACAAGAUGGAGGAUGUCCCUCAGGCCGUCUGCCAGCUCACUAACCUCACCCGCCUCUACUUGGGCAGCAACCGUCUCAUGAGUCUCCCGACUGAGCUGAAGAACCUGCAGAGUCUGCGCUGUCUGUGGGUGGAGAGCAACUACUUUCAGAGGUUUCCCCUGGAGCUGUACGACCUGCCCAACCUUAAGUCUCUGCAAAUAGGGGACAACCGGCUGAAGACCCUGCCACCUGACCUCUGGCGGAUGGCAGCUUUGAGGGGAUUAUGGCUCUACGGGAACCGCUUUGAUACCUUCCCCAGAGUCCUGCUGCGCAUGGAACAUUUGGAGAUACUCGAUUUGGACCGCAACAAGAUUUCAGAGUUUCCCAGCCUGAAGCGACUGAAAGCUCUCCGCCUCUUCUCCUACGACCACAACCCCGUGGACGAACCUCCUAAAGUGGACGAUGAGGUGCUCGUGGUCGGGGAAGGUGCCGCUGAGUUCUUGGAGGCGCGUGACGCCAGGAGGGAGCGGCUACGGAAGGCCGCGGAGCUGGAGGCCGAAGAGUCGGCUCUGGCGGGAGAAGGGCCGGUGAUUCACGGCAUUCUCAAGAACAGCGGCUCAAAACAAGCAGCCAACGAAGCCGCGUUGAAUUCAGAAGACGCAGACGUUCAAAACGAAGGAACAAACGGGGAAGACGAGGAGAUGUUCCCUGAGUACGACGGUGUGGAACUUGAAUACGACGAGGAGGGGGUUGAAUACGAGACAGAGGAGUUUAUAUGUGAGGGAGAGGGGCUCGAGUAUGAAGGAGAUCAGCUGGAGUAUGACAGGGCUCAGAUGGACUAUGAGUACGAACAUGAAGAGACAAGAUGAAGGGGCGUAAAAAGCCCCAAAUACAACCAGACACAAUCAGACACUCUGCAGGCAGGUGGAGGUGGAUGACGCUAAAUCCACACAAAGUGAAAGUUGAAGUCGAUUGUGGGACUCUCUUAGCUGUGCUGCUAAUUCUCAAUUUUAAUGUAAACUGUGAAAAGUAGAUUUACGACACCUUAAAAGACAGCGAGUGUGACAUCUCAAUCAACUCAAAAUAAGCACAUCAGAGCAGGACUCAGGUGGAGUGUGUGUGUGUGUGUGUGUGUGUGUGUGUGUGUGUGUGUAUGUGUGUGUGUGUGUGUGUGCGUGUGUGCAAUGUGUUAGGCGCUUUUAAAAUGAGUGUUUCUGAGUAUGUGCUGGUACACAAGUCAAGGGCUGCCAUCCUUGUUUUAUCUUUAUGGCGUUUUCUUCAAAUCACAAGUUUAUUAUUUCAUUUACUUGGAAAAUUAACCAACUAUUGUUGUUUUAAUUUUAUAAGAGAUAAAAAAAAAAAUGCUAUUUCAGCAUACUGACUUGGCAUCUUUACAAUCAUGGGACUAAUAUAAGCCAUAAAAUGUCAUAUCAAGGACAACUAAUUGUAACCAGGCUGAAUUUCAAUCACUGUUCUAUGAAUCCU